UGAAGGAGCUGGUUCUUGAUAACUGCCGUUCGGACGAUGGGAAGAUCGUUGGGCUCUCUUCAGAUUUCGAGAACCUGGAGUUCCUCAGCAUGAUCAACAUCAACUUGCUGUCCGUCUCCAAUCUCCCCAAACUUAACAAACUCCGGAAGCUGGAGCUGAGUGAUAACAGGAUUUCUGGUGGCCUUGAAGUUCUAGCAGAGAGAACUCCUAACCUGACACACUUGAAUCUAAGCGGCAACAAGAUCAAAGACAUCAAUACCCUGGAGCCCUUGAAAAAGUUGCCAAACCUGCAUAGUCUGGACCUCUUCAACUGUGAGGUGACGAUGCUCAUCAACUACCGGGAGAGCGUGUUCACCCUCCUGCCCCAGCUCACCUACCUAGACGGAUUUGAUGCUGAUGACCAGGAAGCCCCCGACUCAGACCCUGAAGCAGACGGGGAUGGACUGGAAGAUGAGUAUGAGAAUGGGGAAGAAGGUGAGGAAGAGGAUGAUGAUGAUGAGGAAGAUGAUUUGGAUGAAGAAGUCAUUGAUGAUGAAGAAGACGAAGAUGAUGAUCUGGAAGGUGAAGAAGAGGAGGACGGAGUAGAUGAUGAGGAGGAAGAUGAGGAGGAAGAUGGUGAGGAUGAUGAAGAAGAUGAAGCUGAUGAUGACCUUCCGCGAGGGGAAAAGAGAAAACGAAAUCUAGAGGAUGAAGGAGAGGAAGAUCCAGAAGACGAAGAGGACGAUGAGGAUGACUGAUCCGAGCGAGCCAAUCAGUUUUACAGACUAUGACUGUGCUUGUCUUAACCUCCCCGUUGUGUCUAUGUGAGACUGUAAAUCCCCGUCUCCCACUCCUCCCCCCUUUGUAUGGCUGCAGUGUCCACAAUAUAUUUUUUUAAGAUGUAUAACACUGUAGGCAUUCAGGGGAAUCUUCCAUACAAGGCUCACUUUCUCACAAGUGUCUCAUGACCAAAGGCUUUCUCCGUUCUGUGGUUUGUGCAGCAGUUUGCAAAAAAAAAAAGAAA